GACAACCGAACCCACCCCAAAGAGCCAGAACAAGAAACCCCGGGCGUUUCAGAAAGAAGCAACCAUGGGUUCGAUCAAUGAGGUCCCUACCCUUACCGCUCUCGAGCGUAUUGGUCCGAAGGGCUAUCUUCGAUAUGUCUUCCCCUUCCAGCUGGCCGACAACUACCAGAUCGACGAUGUGGCCAGAGUUCUCCGAAUGGGUUAUCAAGCCCUGGAGCAGCGGCUACCGGUGGUUGGCUGCGAGCUCAUCCCUGACGAAGACGCCAAGCAGGGUGGAGUAGUGAAGCUGCAGCGGUUGACCGAUCCAAAUGUCGGGGGUGUCGCGGUCAAGGACCUGCGCGAAACCUAUCCAUCCAGCUACGCAGACCUCAAAGCCAGGGGAUUCCCGGUCGCCGAGUUCGAUGGCGAGGAACUCUGUCGGCGUUCGGUGUGGCCUUCUGCCGGCGAGAGAUUGCCGACCAGCCUCGUCCAGCUUAACUUCAUCGAGGGCGGCCUGAUCCUCACCUGGUGCAUCAUGCACCUGGUCGGAGACGGCACCUCUUUCUACACCUGGACUAAAAUCUGGGCCGAAGAAUGUCGUCGGGCUCAAGGGAUCCCCAUCCAUGAGCCGGCGGACCUCCCCCCGGCCAUCUGGACAGACCGGGAACUCGUGAUGAAGCCGUCCGGCCGCAACACGGGAUUGCCGGAGAACCAUCCCGAGUACACCAUCCUCCCCUUCACCCCGUCCGGAGCACCGCCGAAAAUGCUCUCCUCGAAUCACUGCGCCCAGGUCUUCUAUUUCUCUCCUCAGGCCCUCGCUACACUCAAGGCGGAGGCGUCCCCGGCGCACGCCACCCAGCCCUCUGAUCAGAAAUGGAUCUCGACCAACGAUGCCCUGUCCGCCCUUCUGUGGCGCACUGUCAUGAACGUCCAGUCUCCGCUGUCGACCCUGGAAGGUGAUCCUACGUCUGUCUUCAACGUGGCCAUCGACGGGCGCCGGCGGACCUCGCCACCCGUGCACCCCGAGACCCUGGGCUGCUUCCUCGGGUACGUUGCGGUGUCUAUGUCAAUCCGCCGCAUGCUAGGGGAGCUGUGUCUCGCCGACCUGGCCAUCCUCAUCCGCGAGGCUAUCCAGCGCGCUGAUAGCCAGUUCGUGGAUGAUGUGGCGACCCUGGUCGAGAAGCUCGAGGACGUCAAUCGGCUGGUGCCAACGGCCUUCCUUGACGUCCCUGGGUACAACUGCGUGCUCACCAGCUGGACUGGAUUCUCGAUGUACGAUCUAGUGUGGGGGACCAUGUUAGGGAAGAUUGAUGCGGUCCGUGUGCCAGCAAUUGGGGUGAUCAAUGGGUGUCAGGUGGUAUUCCCGCCUCUGCCCGAUGGGGGCAUCGAAAUCCUCGUCGGCGUGGAGAACGGCUGCGUGGACCGGUUGUUAGCUGACCCCUUGUGGAAUAAGUAUGCCGUGGCUCGGUAGACGGCUUGGUCUUCGUCGAGUUCUGACAUGGCUCUUCUACAUGCGCCGUCGCACGUCCGGGUGUGAUAUCGUCACAACCCAUCAGCCCUUACAUCUGCGAUGUACAUUGAAAGCAGGGGUUCAAUCACGGAUUAACCUAAUUACUAUUAACUAGGCAGUUGAGUUACAUCUAUGCGAACGCUGUUUUAAUUCCGGUAGUAUAAUAUAGGGCCGUCUCACCUUGAAAGUAG